AGAGACAGAGAAGCAAUCUGGCAGGCACAUGGCCAGUGAAUGAGUAGAACUUGCUCUCAGCACACACAGUCUCACUGGAUUUGAGCAAACGAACCAAAGCUGAUGGCUGAAGCUGAACUUCAUAAGGAGAGGCUCCAGGCUCUGGCGGAGAAACGAAAAAGGCAAACCGAGAUUGAGGAUAAAAGAAGGCAGUUAGAUGAUCUUGUUCUGCAACUUCAACAUCUUAAGUCCAAGGCCAUGAGGGAGAGGUGGCUUCUACAAGGUACUCCAACAGGGCCUGAAGAGGAAGAUGAGGGACGCAGGAAACAGGUUGAGCAGGAUGAGCUACAAGCCAAGAAACUAGAAGACUCCAUUCAGAGACUGGAAUCUGAAAUCAUUCUUCUUGAGAAUGAAGAAUCACAAAUUUCAGCCAAAGAGCAAGUGCUCCGAGAGAGACUUCGUGAAACAGAGAGCUCUAUUGAAGACCUACAGAAAAGUCUGCAGCACCAAGAUGGAGAUGCAGUGAUUCCCACCUGUUCCAAGGUCCCCAAGCUUCCAGGGUUGAACGCCCAAACUAGGUCCUCUGCUUCGGGGGAUCACCAACACUCAAGAACACCUGCAUUAUUCGCCAUGGAGAUCAGCGUCGAAAAGGACCACAAGACAGGCGACACCAAAAUCUUGUCCACAUCACGUAUCAACCCUGAGGAUGCCUCCCAACGGGGCAUCAAGGUCUACGACGAUGGGCGUAAGGUGAUCUAUGAGGUGCAUUCUGGGAGUUCCACUACAGUGGAGAAUGGCGUGCACCCAUGGAGCUCAGACGAAGUGGAGGAACUGAUACAGCGUGUAGGUCAUGCUCGCCACAGACCUGAUGGCACUCAUGUGACGAUCACUCCAAGCAAGCAUGAGAUCAGAGAGCAAAACAUCAUGCCUUCGGAUCUAAAUGUGGUACAAGAGCGGCACAGUCAUGAUGGUGACAUGAAGGUAGAACAACGGUUCCAAGUUGACAGGGAUGAUCCACAAGCAUGUCAAAGCUUCGAUGGGGAGGUGAUGGAGGCACCCGAGGCCACAGCCGACAAGCCCGUCACUAUGAUUUUCAUGGGAUACCACAGUGUGGACGAUGACGAGGAGACAAAGAAGCUGCUGGGUUUCGAUGGCACCAUCAAAGCUGAGAUUGUCCUGAUCGACGAGGAUGAUGAGAAGUCUUUGCGUGAGAAGACUGUCACAGACCUCUCCACUAUAGACGGCAACGCCGCCGACCUUGUCUCAGGGCGGCCGGUGUCUGAGGCCACCGAACUGUCUUCCGAAGGCCAAGACGAAAGUUCCUCCAAGGAGCCACCACCCACAGGAAGUGAAAAAGCACGCUGUGUAUUGCUUACAGCAGACAAUGGCCUUUUCCCAGGAGCUGCUGCGGGAUCAUCAUACACCCCACCGUUAUCCUGCCAGCUUUCAGAGGAUGACACUGAACUAAAGAUUAGAAAGACCUCAGAGAAGAGCCUGAAGAGUGUCAGUUUCUUAGACCCUAUCAGUGUUAUUACUGGAGACAAUAUUGACAUGGAGGUUGAGGUACAAAGCAAAAGUCAACUUAACCAUGCAACAAAUGGUCAGAAUGGUGUGAAGCACAAAGGAGUGCUGGAUGAAGGAGAAGUUGCCCAGGAAAUACGUUAUCUUGACGAGGUGCUUGAGGCCAACUGCUGUGACACUGGAGCUGAGAUGACUUCAAAUGGAACUUAUUCCCCUGCGCUUCAAGCAAUAUAUGUUGAUGGAAAUGGACCAUCUGUUCACGUUUCUGAUGUGCCGUCCUCAAUAAGUCAUGGGGUAGUUGUAGAAGGAAAACAACAGACCACCUAUGUUGAAGAAAAUCUGAACAGUUCCAAACCAAAUGGUCAUCCAGGAAUAAUCGGUGAUGACUACAACAGGUCACCUGUUAAUGAGGCAAUCAAGAAAGAGGCCCGAUUUGAGCUUCGUCCUUUCUAUGAAGAGAAAAAGCCAUCUAAGCUUUUUGAUACACCAACAGAGAAAGAAAUAAGAGUGAAAAAGGUCAGGCCUUCAGAGGAGAUUGCAGAGCUGGAGAAAGAACGCUUGGAGCUCAUUCGUGAUCAAGCAGUCAAGAAAAAUCCAGGAAUUGCAUCAAAGUGGUGGAACCCACCACAGGAAAAGACACUGGAGGAGGAGCUGGAACCAGAAAAAUUAGAGUCACUAAGAAGAUAUGAAGAGAGGAAGCAGAAGAAACCUGAAGCAAACCGAGUACCACAACCAUCUGCUAAACAAACUGUCUCUUUUUUCCAGCCUGAAAUGGGAAAUAAGGAGGACAUUGUGGUUCAAGGAAUUGAUUUUUCUGCAGCCCGCCAACAGUUCCUUCAGAUGGAGCACAGUAAGCAUCAACAACAACAGCCAGCCACAAGAAGAAGUGUGUCUCCCCAGAUAUACUCUGCCAAACCAUUCACCAGGACCUCUGAUAUUGAUAGGUCAACCAUUACAGUCACUAGCCAUGGUAGAGUCACCGUGGAGGAUGGCACUGAAAUGAAUCAGGUCAAAAUUGAAAGGGUGUUUUGUAGUUCUGGAGAUUCUCCCACACAAAGCAGGGACAGUAUGUCUGACACUGAAGUGAAAAAUGAUGACUUUACCUGUGCCCGAGCAGUGAUGACCAUCCUCAAGGAUGACGAAUCUGAAUUGCACCAGCGAUCCAUUAACACUUCCUGUCAUCCAGAGGAGAUAGACUCUGGAUUGGAUGACCUAUCUCUUAGAUCUCAGGAUACCACUAUGCUCGAGACUUUGUCCAAUGACUUCAGCAUGGAUAACAUAAGUGACAGUGGUGCCUCCAACGAGGUCAUGAGCACAUUCCUGGAGAACUCUCUCGGUGACUACUCUUUCCCCUCUACUCCACUGGCCACAAUACCUAUAAAUGAGCACCUGGAUGGCAGCAUCAAUUCACCAUGUUUCUAUCAAACAGACAGCUUGACAGAGGAAGAACUUGAAUACCAUGCAGGUAUCUUGGUCCAAAAUGCAAUCCAGCAAGCUAUCGCACAUCAGACCAACAAAUGGGAAUCACUUCAGGCUGAACAGCAGUCCUCCCCAAUCCCUGAGCGACAAAAAGAAACUUCAGAGAAAGAAACCCCUGAAGAGAAAUCUCCUUACAUGCCACCUGAUCCAGAGCCAACCUCUGUGGAAGAGAAGGAAAGCGUAGCUCCUACAAUUACUGUACAGGUGCCUACAGCUCAAGCAAGUUCAGUUAUAACAGUGAAUGCUUACAGGCCCCCAAGUCCUUCUCCUCCGCCUAGUGAGAAGUCAGAGUUCAGCUAUUUCAGUAAGUAUUCAGAGGCAGCAGAGCUUCGAAGCACAGCAUCUGUCACUGCUGCACAAGGCACAGAAGUCACCUCAGGUCCUUUCAAACUACGCUCACGCAAGCAGAGGACUCUAUCCAUGAUUGAGGAAGAGAUCCGUGCUGCACAGGAACGGGAGAUAGAGCUUCGUCGAGAACGACAAGCUCAGAUCAUGCGUCCCAGCAUAAAUCCCAUUCACAAGCAAAAGACCAACAGCCUUCCAGCUAAAUUAGUCCUUGGUGGGAAGACAGCUCCGGGUAAAAUUGAAAAGAUCCGUGUUGCCCCGCCAGUAUCUCCAGCUUCUUCAGACGGGGCUCUCCCAUCCCCACUUUCUGAUCUCGGGAGCGAUGACUCAGGUGGAAGCCAGCGGCCUAAAAACUUCAUGCAGACCCUAAUGGAAGAUUUUGAGACACACAAAGUCAGGCGUCGGGAGAAGGCUGAGGACAACAGUGUUUUAGAGGCUACACGUGUCACCCGCAGGAAAAGUAACAUGGCUCUUCGAUGGGAGGCGGGAAUCUAUGCCAACCAGGAAGAUGCUGAGGAGGAAGAUGAAGAAGAGUAAAUCCAGAUCACUAUUAUGAACAACAGGAAGAGUGGAAGGAAAUCAAAAGUAUGUUGGAGAAAACCACAAGUAUUUAUGCUGAGAAUAUGUAUAUUGCAGGAACAAGUAAUCAUUGGAUCUCCAAAACGAUGACUACAAAAAUUUAUCCAGUGAUGUGGUGGGAUCUGUGGAAAGGUUUUCACUAAAAACUCAAUAUGAAGACAGUUUGGUAUCCAAAAAUAUACUAUUGUGCUUUCUGUCUCUCUUUUGUUUCAAGCUUUUUUUUUUCAGUUGAUGUGUGCAGUACUUUGGGACAUGUGCAAAGAAAAUGCUUAUUUGGAUUUCUGGAUUGUUUUCCAUUUUGUAUAGUUGAGCAUAUACAAUGGCUUUGAAUUGACCAUGGCAAGAGAUCCAUGUGUGGGUUUUCAAAGUGGUUUAAGAAAGAUUACGUAUGAAGAUUUGUGAGAUGGUGAUGGACCAUACAUUUAAAAUAGAACAUUUUGUAUACAAAUGGGAGCACUUGAUUGAGAUGAAACAAAAAUGCUGUUUGUUGUGGUAAAUGAUAAUUAGGAUUGUUUUGGGUAUUUCAGGUAGAGUGGGUUAGGCGAGUUCCAGUCCUUUUUAAGCCUCGGAAGAUUUGAUUUGGGACAGUCACAAAUGCAGUUUAUGUUAUUUAUAUUACAGAAUAGUAGCACAUCAUAUAUACUGUAUAGCGCAAUAGGUCAAAUUUGAUGUACAAAUAAUAAGUUCCACUGAAAAGGAAACAGUGCAGUGGGAUUUUUUUUAGAGACAGAAAAUGAAAGUAGGGCACAGAAUGGUUUGGCUUGAAGACUUGAAUAAGAACUUGUAGUAAAACAAGAGUAUUAUUGUCCAGGUUUAUAAAUGCACAAUAGUAUUCAGUGUCAAUUGGUAAGAUGACAUUAAUAUUGAGAAAUAAUAAGGCUGCUUUUCUAGUAACCAGGCCAAACAGGAAACAUAUAAAGGAAUAAGAUUCAGGCUGCCACUAUACCACCUAGACCACAUAAAGAUGUGAUCUACUUAUACUGAUUCAGUUUUCAUGUGGCUGGGCACAACAAACUUAUACUAUGUAUGUUAUCUUAUGUGAUAGAAUGUACGUAAGAUAUAUGGAAUUAAUUGAGCUGGAGUUGCCAGAUUGAGAUGAAUAAGCCAUCACCAUCACAGUUUAAAACACUUCCCAACCACCUGCAGGAUAUUUUUUUCAAAAGUAGGACGAUAUUGAAAGAAAUCCCAAAAUCUGGCAACACAGAGUGUGUACAGUGUGCUACAUAAGAGUUAUGUAGGAUUUUAGUUUGUUUAAAUGAACAGGACAUGUCAGGGCAUGAUAUGGAAAUAGCAAUACAGGUGAUUAGAAGUAUUAUCAAUGAAAAAUUAAUUCCUUAUACCAAAACACUUUAACCAAUCCCUCUCUCUGGAGUUUUAUAGUAAGUGAACACUUUUAGUGAGUUAUAUGAACUGUUUGUCUUUUAUACUGUGUAUUUGCCUUGGUUUAGCAGAUUUGAAUAGAAAUGUGUAAAUGCAAUGCAGUGAAAAUGUUAUACAAAUGCUUUGUAAAUAAUUUUAUACAUAUAAAAUUGGAAAGUGGGGGAUGACUUUUCUUAACUGAAAAAGCACCAGCAAUUUGAAGCAAAAUUAGAAAAGCAACGUCGGACUCGACCGUCCAGUUUGACGGUGGACAAGGACACGUCAUCAGUAAUGAAGAAUUUAUUGCAGAGAACAAAUCAGCAACAUCUUUCGACAAAUGUUCAUGGGGAUGCACUUCUUGAUGUUUUGAGGUCUCCACCCACAAGUAAUAAAGCUAUGGAUUUGAUUCCUGAAAGGACCUAUGUUACAAGAACACUAAUUCACUUUCACAAAAGCUUUUUCCAUUUUAUAUACUUAUAGUAAAUUACAUGAAAAUAGAGUAUAUAAUACACACCUGUACUGAUACAACAAAUAUGAGAUGGUUUAAUGGUGGGAUCGACUGUGAGUGCAAAAAAACAGCUUUUUCUUUAAGUCUGCAUCCUGUGAUGUGAAGAGGAAUGAUGAAACAAGACAAAAUUCUGUAUGGAAGUUUGUUUUGCUGAACUCAUCUGAUAGAUCCAGAGUCUUCAAUCUUAUCCACGGUGUAGCUGACAUUUCAUUCCAACCAAGUAGGGGUGAAUCACACCUGAUUUCACUUGUUUAAUCAGCUCACUUGGAGUGCCUCCAAAUUAGCUGUAAUGAAAGGCUGCAGCCACACAGAUAACAUCCAAGAUCCUUGUUAUAGAUUGUUCCAGUAUGGAUAUUGCAUCAUGAUAGUGAAUUUUUGGACAGUGUUCUAUAGAAGUCUGGCUGGAUCUGACAGUAAGCAAUGAAUUAGGAAUAUUAUAUCUAUUGAAAUACACAUUUCUUAUUCAGAUACUCCAUUGUGCUAUAUGACCUGACUAGUAGGCAGGUUUUCUGAAUAAUACAAUAGGGAAAUAUUUUUUAUUUGUGCAGUGAACUAUUUACAGUGUAUCUAUGAAUGGGAAAUAGUUUUAUGGAAGCUGGCAUUUUAUUACCAUGUAUGUGCAUUUCUGCCAGGUAUAGCCUUUUGUGUGUGUUUGUGUGAGUGUGCUUUUGAGCAUGGGUGUGUGUCUGCUAAGCAGUUUUAAAAUUACCAGAAAUAUAUGCAAAAGUCUUCAAGACUACCUGACCAUUCUGAGAAGCAAAGUGUAUGCUAAUUGAUUGCCAUAUAUACAUACGAGCAGUUUUGAAUAAAUUAAAUAAUAUUCAUAAAGAAGUGCUUUUCAAGCCUUCCGAUGGUUUGGUUGUGUUGAAGCUUGGAUUUUCCAAAGAUGCGAUUUCUUACAACGUCUAGAAACAAAGCAGCCUUUGCUUUUAUUAUGACCUGAGGCUAUGUUAUGUAAAAAGUGUAGUGUAAUAGAAAAUAGAGCAGCAGAGGAAACCUUUAAAGGGCAGACAAGCUAAAUAAUACAUCAACUGAAUAGCAAUGAAUUUGGAGUGCAUUUGACUUUUUUCAGUGCAUGAUAUUUAUAUUGGUUUGGAGGUUCUGAUCGGUCAGUGGAUCUAAAACAUUCAGAACUGCAAGAAAUUUUUGUUCGUUAAAAUUGUUAUAUGUCCCCCUUAGUUCACAGGUACAUAGUUCAGAGAGUACCUUUUUAGAUUUAAAAUGAUUCUUAGAAAUGUUAUUUUUAAGAAAACAUUCAUAAAAUGUUGCUUCUUUUGCGAAUAUACUCUUCAAAAUUGGAAGCCACUUAUUUUUGCAAGUAGCUUUUCACUUUUUUUUUUUUUUUUUUUUUUAUGUACUUGUGAAGUGGCAAACUGCUUUUUUUAAGUUCUGUUAAUUUGUUAACCACUUGUUGUAUGUUAAUAUAUUCUGCUUAUGUUGUUUUAUAGUAAUUGUAUGGCUUACACUUAAACGCAUAUAUAAUUAUUUUCUCAUUAAAAACAAAAUGCAUAAA